GUCGCCGUGUUCUUCUCCGCUUCCACCGUCGUUGUAUUUGUCUUCCGCCUCCUCUCGCAUCGGUGCGUUUCUGUCUCCUCUACCUAAUUGAUUCAUUUAUCCUUGGGUAACUUUAGAUCUGUGAAUUUCUUAGCUCUCGUUUCUCUAAACUCAUUAUCUGGUUUUUAAACAGCUUGGCAGAAGAAGUGAAACUUGAGAGAAAGAAAUGGAGAACUUGGAAGAUCUAAAAAUUCUGGCUGAGCAGUGGUCGCAUCAAGGAAUUGAAUAUCUUCAGAAGAUACCACCGACUCAGUUGUAUGCCGCUAUUGGUGUUUUGUUGUUUACAACUAUCUUGCUCUUCCUAUCCGUUCGCUUGGUCAGACGUACCAAAUCCAACACUGUACUCCUUUCUGGGCUGAGCGGAAGUGGAAAGACUGUGCUCUUUUACCAACUCCGAGAUGGAUCGUCGCAUCAGGGCACUGUAACAUCAAUGGAACCAAAUGAAGGCACUUUUGUUCUUCACAGUGAAAACACUAAGAAAGGGAAAAUCAAGCCUGUUCAUCUUGUUGAUGUUCCAGGGCACUCUCGGCUUCGACCCAAGCUAGAAGAAUUCUUGCCCCAAGCAGCUGCAAUUGUGUUCGUAGUGGAUGCCUUGGAGUUCCUCCCAAACUGUCGUGCAGCUUCAGAGUACCUAUACGACAUUUUGACCAAUGCAAAUGUUGUCAAGAAAAAGAUUCCAGUCCUCCUUUGCUGUAACAAGACUGAUAAACUCACUGCACACACCAAGGAGUUUAUCCGGAAGCAGAUGGAGAAAGAAAUUGAGAAACUGAGGGCUUCAAGGAGUGCAGUCUCUACAGCUGAUAUAGCGAAUGACUUCACCAUUGGGAUCGAGGGAGAAGUGUUCUCCUUCUCGCAUUGCUCCAACAAAGUUACUGUCGCUGAGGCAUCUGGACUUACCGGAGAAACCGUCCAGAUCGAAGACUUCAUUCGGGAAUACAUCAAGCCAUGAGCUCCAACGUGCAUUCAUAGAUUGAAUCUACCACAAGAUUCUUAUGCUUUGGUCUGUGACUCUGAUUUGAGUUUAGAGAUCCCUUUUGUAUAUGAGAUCUUUGGAUUUAGGGAGUUCAAAACUGAGUAGCUGUAUUUUCGAGUUAGAUAAUUUGUUUUUAAUCAGAAUGAUUCAAGGAAGUGUUAAAUGACU